AUGAAAGCUUCAAUCAAAUUUAGAGAUGAACAAAAGCCUCUGUUUCGAGCAAAAGUGCCUCUCAAUAUUCUUGGGUUCCCCUUUCAAUCAGGGAUUGUAGCCGGUGAAUCGAAAGAGCUCUCUUUGAAUCUCAGCACUUUCUUCGAAUCAGGGCCCUCGUUGAAGGUCGCUUAUCGUCCAAAUGAUUCCAUUAAUCCGUUUAGUCUCGUAUUCAAAACCGGAAUCGGCCAUUUCGGUUCGCCGAUUUCAAGCUCAUUGAACAUGAGCGCUGAAUUCAACUUGAUCGGAGGCAGUCAAAACCCUAGUUUUUUUGUUCACUUCAAACCUCAAUUCGGUGACUUCACUAUCAAAAAAGUUCAAUCAUCAGUGUUUAAGAAGCAAAUUAACGGUGUUAGCGGAGCUGCAGAGGAAGAUGCACCGGUGAUUGUUGAUCUGUUCGAAAACGGCAAGAAAUUUUCCAAUUCGCCGUUGGAAUCUCCAGCCGCCGGUCUGGUGAAGAGCGCCUUAUCCGACGUCGAAAUGACCGCCACAACGACCGUUCCGCUGAGGAAAAACGCUGUGUUGAAUUUCCGUUGGGGCGUUUGGCUCCCGGAGGCAGAAGACUCGGCGAUGAUGCUAAUGAAGAAGAACAACAAUUCAAUGCCUGGGAUUUCGUUUCAGAAGCUUCCAGUUUUGAUCAUAAACAAGAUCGGGAUCGAGCACAAAUCGGGUGCCGAUUGCAAGGAUUCAAGCAAGGUGGGACCGACAACCAGUGACGCGGCGGAGGCCUUUUUGGGCGUCAAGAAACAGCUGGAGAUCAUACAAACUGAAAAUGUGGGAUUAAAGAAAGCCAUGGAUAACUUGAAGAGUGAAUUUUCUGCCGUUAGGUUUAACGGCGGAGACGUCAAUGCUCGUUUCUGCGGGAAGGCUAUGGAGAAUGAGAUUAGAAAAUUGUUCCAAUCGUCUGUGUUCUUCCUUACUCUAUCUUCUUUGAGGUUAACCUUCUUAAGGGUUCUAUCAAUUUGGUUCUUUCAUUCCCAAUCUCCUAACCAUGCCUCCGCUGAAAGAGACUACAACCGACAUACCUCUAAACCAGAAAACCAACCUACGACGAAUCCACUGGACCACAUUCAAGCACUUCUCCAUCUUGCCACCACCACCAAUAUCCGGCUUGACACCCUCACCACCAACGUUGCAAAUCUAAUCAAUAUCGUGACCACUCAUCACACCAACCAGCCACCACCUCCGCCGCCACCGCCACUGUCGUCCAAUCACAACCCCUGGCCAUCGAAAAUCCAUCUCCCUACAUUUGCCAGCUCUAAUCCUCUUGAUUGGCUCUUUCAAGCCAACAAUUACUUUGACUAUUAUUCUAUCCAACCCACCCAACGUCUCUCUUUGGCUCAAAUUUACUUUACCGACGAGGCCCUAAGUUGGUACAAAUACUUAGCCAACAACAACCUUCUCACUUCGUGGCCUGAGUUUGCUCGUGCUCUCAAACUACGCUUUGGUCCAUUAUUCUUUGAGAACCACCAAGCCGCCUUGUUCAAACUCCAACAAACCACCACAGUCACCGAGUAUGUUGCAGAUUUUGAACGGUUAAGCAAUAUGGUCGUUGGUUUGCAACCGGACGUAUUGCUUAAUUGUUUUCUUUCUGUUUUACGACCCACUAUCCAGAAUGAGUUAGCCAUCCUUAAACCUACUUGCUUCACUCUAGCAGUAGGCCUAGCAAAGCUCUUGGAAGAAAAACUCACUAUUUCCACUUCUCCAGUUGCUCUCAACCAUGUACAACCACCAACUCUUUUGUUGACCCCCACAAUCAACUCCUCCGCAUUAGUACUUUCUUCUCCCUCUAUCACUUAUUCCGUACCAACGGCUUCUUCUGUGCCACUGCCCACCGCUCGCGUGUCACCGGAUCAACUGCAACAAAGACACGAUGUCGGUCUUUGUUUUCGUUGCCUAAAACGCUACACACCAGGGUACCGUUGUAAUCCCCCCUCCCCCAUUUUUAUUCAUUGUGGGCAACACACUAGACCCUACAACAAAUUACGCGUUACCAUUGCUCACCAAGAAUCCCGAUGUUCCACAUUUUCUUUCUAUUUCACCAGCAAUUUUUUUCGGGAUGACUACCGCCACCUCUAUGAAACUCACGGGUCUUAA